UACACAAUAUUCGCUCAAUGGCAUAUACCUUGUUCUAUGUCGUUCAAUAUAAUGAAUUGUUUUUCAUGUACUGCUUACUUAUUGUAGUGAAAUCUAAGCUCUUCCUUAUCCUGACUGUCUUUCACAAUAGCCAUGUUCAGGCACAAUAUUCAUCGAAAUGCAAAAUCGAGUUACAUACAUCAUUUUGCGUCGGUAAAGCAUAUCAAUCUUAUGCAAUUUAGUUGAAAAGUGUUUUAAGGAAGAGUUUACGUAAUCCUUCAUCUCUAAAACCUCAAGAUAAGGUGCGUUGCUGAAUAGCAAAUGAACAAAACAUAUUACAC